AUGGGCUCAAGAAGGCACAGGUCUGCUCACUCGAGCAUCUACAAUAGGCUCGUAACCGUGGCUGUCGCUUUUGGUUCCAUGACCUACGGAUAUUGUUCAGCCAUUAUCGGGAGUACCAUUGGACAACCUGGCUGGUACCAAUACUUUGAUCUUCCCAUGCAAGGUGAACCAGGCUAUGGCGGCAAAACCACAGAUGCCAUAUCAACUGCCAACGGCCUUUACAGUGCUGGUGGAGCAGUUGGAUCUCUCUUCAUCAUGUGGUCAGCCACUGCGCUUGGUCGCAAACGAAGCAUUCAACUCGGUGCUAUCCUAGCCAUCAUCGGCGGUGCCUUCCAAAUGUUCCAAGUCGGUCGAGUCAUUUCAGGUUUAGGGAUCGGCAUACUGGUCACAGCCUGUCCGAUGUACCUGUCCGAAUUGGCACCACCUCAGAACCGAGGAUGGCUUGUUGGACACCACGCCAUUUUCCUCGUUUUUGGCUACAUGCUCUCAGGCUGGUUAGGUUACGCCUGCUAUUUCGCAACGGACAAGAACGCAUCCUUCGCGUGGAGGUUUCCUCUGUGCAUUCAGACGCUUCCACCACUGGUGCUGCUUGUCACAUCGAUCUGGAUUCCACGCUCACCUCGAUGGCUGUUACAGCAAGGUAAGAUUGAGGAAGCAUGGAAAGUCAUUCAAGCCCUACGAAAGUCUCCCGACGACCCCGACGAUCUCGUUGCAAAGGAAGAGCUGUACCAAACCAAAGAGCAAAUCGCACUCGAUUCAGCCAAGCUCAAAGCCAUCGGCUACGGUCCGUGGAUGGCAUGCAUCAAGAAAAAGAGUUAUCGCAAACGAUUAAUCAUUGGGUUUUUGACUCAAUGGGGUGCUGAGUUUGCUGGGCCUCUGGUCAUUAAUAACUACUCCGUCAUCCUGUACACCAAUCUGGGUCAAACAGGUUCAAUGCCUCUCCUCCUCUCCGCGCUCUGGCUUACGACUGCGGGCGUAAUCUACAACCCGGGCGGAGCAUGGCUGCAUGACCGAGUCAACUCUCGUCGGUGGAUGUACAUGAUUGGCACCGCGGGCUGUCUGGUCACAACGUCAUGUCUCUGCGCCAUGAUCGCCACAUAUGCCGGAACGACGAACCAAGCCGGCAACGCGGCUGGCGUCUUUUUCGUCUUCUUCUACCUCACCUUCCAAGGCACCUUCUGCGACACGACCAUGUACCUGUACGUCAGCGAGAUUUUCCCGACGGAAAUUCGUCCGAUCGGCAUGGGGUUCAGCCUGUUUGGCCAAUUCGCCGCCACAAUCAUCUUGCUCCAGACCGCGCCCAUCGGCAUCAACAACGUUGGCUGGAAGUAUUAUCUUGUCAUUGUCUGCUGGUGUAUCGUUUAUUUGCCCAUGAUAUAUUUCUUCUGGCCCGAGACGGCACGAUUGAGUCUGGAGGAGAUCUCGGCCAAGUUUGGCGACGACGUGGCAGUUCAUGUCAAUGACGUGAGUGAUGAGCAAAGACGAGAACUGGACGAGUUUCUCAAGAGUAAAGAUAUCGUCCAUUCGGAGGUGUCGGGGGUGAAUGAGCCAAAGCAAGACCCUACCGAGAUCACCGAGACGGGUAUGAAGGUGUGA